GAUAGAUUGGUUCUCUCCUUCACGCACGAUUAAUUAUAAUUCCCUUCUACAUUUGCCAUUUUAUUCAGUGCUUUUAAGUUUUAAGAACUAGACGAAAUUUAGAAGAAGAAGACGUCUGUCUAUGAUACGAACGCCAUUUCUAUAAUAUUUUUCAACAGUUUAUAUCAGAACUAUUAAAUCUUUGAUUGUUUAUUUUGAGUGAGUGGAGUGAAUCACGAAGAAUUAUUUGAGAAUACUUAAGGAACUUCAGAAAGAAAAUAUAAGAUGCCGAUUCAGUAACAAACACAGAGCAGGGGCUUCUUGAUACAAAGGCCAAUCAAUAAAAACAAAUUUUGAGAAAACAAAUAUUGUUGCGACGGCAGAAAAGGAACGAAAGGACAUCAUGGAUGAAAAAAAUUGCCAAGAAACCAAAGUUAUAUAUCAUAUAGAUGACGAGACAACCCCGUAUCUGGUUAAAAUCGCUUUGCCGUCGUCUCAGGUCACGUUAAAAGAUUUCAAAAUGGUACUGAAUAAGCAAAGCAGUAACUACAAGUAUUUCUUUAAGUCAAUGGACGCAGAUUUUGGCGUUGUCAAGGAAGAAAUCGCAGACGAUUCUACCACACUUCCGUGCUUCAAUGGGCGGGUUGUAUCGUGGCUUGUUUCUGCUGACGGCUCCAAUCAAUCAGACAACUGCUCUGAGGUGCCAACAAGUGAAAUCGACAGUCGGACUUGCAACAACCCUCGUAAUCAAAAAAUUAUAAAUAGUUGUGGUGGAGGUAUGAUGGCCGGUGUAAAUGUUGGUGUGAGUAGUAUGCAAAAUCCUGGAGGAGGUGGUCUAAUAGGUGUUGGUGGCGUUGUUGGUGGUGUUAACGUAGGAGUGCCUAAUCAAUUAAUGCCUCCACUUACCUAUCAAUCCGCAUCUGUGCUAUCCAGCGAUUUGGAUUCGACAAGUCUUUUUGGCACAGAAAGUGAACUGACCCUGGAUCGUGACAUGACAGAAUGCAGCAGUAUACAGCGAUUGCAAGUACGAAAGAAACCACAAAGACGUAAAAAACGAGCGCCUAGUAUGUCACGAACGUCGAGUUAUAGUUCUAUAACAGAUUCGACAAUGUCAUUGAACAUAAUUACGGUGUCUAUAAAUAUGGAAGCUGUUAAUUUUCUUGGAAUUUCUAUUGUUGGACAAUCGAAUCGUGGAGGAGACGGAGGAAUUUAUGUCGGAAGUAUAAUGAAAGGAGGGGCAGUUGCUUUGGAUGGCCGUAUUGAACCUGGCGAUAUGAUCUUACAGGUUAACGAUGUAAAUUUCGAAAACAUGACAAAUGAUGAAGCUGUGCGAGUUUUGAGAGAAGUUGUUCAAAAGCCCGGCCCAAUCAAACUAGUGGUUGCAAAAUGUUGGGAUCCAAAUCCUAAAGGAUACUUUACUAUCCCUCGUACCGAGCCUGUCCGACCCAUUGAUCCCGGUGCCUGGGUUGCUCAUACACAGGCCCUAGCGUCACAUGAUAGUAUUAUACCCGAUAUAUCAGAGCCAAUAAAAGAGCGGUUAGAUCAAAAUAAUUUGGAGGAUGUUGUCAAAGCAAUGACGAAACCAGACAGUGGUUUAGAAAUUCGUGAUAGAAUGUGGCUAAAAAUAACUAUUCCAAAUGCAUUUAUCGGUGCUGAUGCUGUUAAUUGGGUCUUAGAGAAUGUCGAAGAUGUGCAAGAUAGACGUGAAGCAAGACGAAUAGUUUCAUCAAUGUUGCGAAACAACCUGAUAAAACAUACUGUUAAUAAAUUGACAUUUUCCGAACAAUGCUAUUACGUGUUAAGUGACGGCAAAAAACAAAACUGUCGAUCUACAGUCAGUCUUGGUGAUACUGAAAGUAUCACUAGCGAAAUUGCCCCUCUGCCCAAUCCUCCAAUAUACAUGCCAUACUCAGCCACUUACAAUCCAAGUCAUGGUUAUCAACCAAUUCAAUAUGGGCUUACUGAACGGCAUAUUUCGUCAGGUAUCGGAUCAAGUAGUUCAGAUGUCCUAACGAAUAAAGAUAUCUCUGCUUCACAAAGUGACAUUACAUCAAUAAUUCAUCAAACAAACCAAAUGACCAUAACAAACGGUUCUAACAAAUCAUCAGGAUCUUCCAACCGCGGGAAUACUGAGCAAGAUGUUUCGGUAUUUAAUUACGUGUUGUGAGUUUUGAAAAAGAACAAGUCUACAUUGGAAAACAAGUAUAUAACAAAUAAUACUAAAUUUAUUGAGCAGGAUACCUACACAUAUACAUUUUUGUAUGUUUCUUUAAUGUUUUCUAAUUGAGUUUUUACUCUGAUUCAAUUUAGUUUAGGGGAAAAUUUACAAUAGUAGUAUUUUUGCAAUAAAAGAGAAGAUAAAUGUAA